UCUGGCAGGAAGGAGCAACAGCUGCAGCAGACUGGGCAGCCUUCCUGGGAAGAUGCAGCUGCUCCUGCUCCUGGCAGCCUUCCUCCUACCCCCUGGGGCUGGGGCAGGGGAGAUCAUCGGAGGCCAGGAGGCCAGGCCCCAUUCCCGCCCAUACAUGGCGUAUCUUCUGAUCCAGUCUCCAGAGGGCCUGAGCAGCUGUGGGGGGUCUCUGGUGCGAGAAGACUUUGUGCUGACGGCAGCUCACUGCUGGGGAAGAUCCAUAAUGGUCGUCCUGGGGGCCCACAAUAUCAGGAGGGUGGAAAGUACCCAGCAAUAUAUACCUGUGCUCAGAGCCAUCCGCCACCCUGAAUAUGAUCAGCAGAACAUCCGGAAUGACAUCAUGUUGUUGCAGCUGCGGUCUAGAAUCAGACAGAAUCAAGCCGUGAGGACUGUGGCCCUGCCUCAGACCCAAGCCAGGCUGGGUCCUAGGGCCUCAUGCACCGUGACAGGCUGGGGCCUGGUGGGCCCGAACAGGCAGACAGACACACUCCAGUACGUAGAGCUGACCGUGCAGAGGGAUGAGGUGUGCAGCAACCGCUUCAUGUCCUACACCGGCCAAACACAGAUCUGUGUGGGGGACAGAAGGGAGAGGAAGUCUGCUUUCCUGGGGGACUCCGGAGGCCCCUUGGUGUGUGACAGUGUGAUCCGUGGUGUUGUCUCCUAUGGAGAUAUCUUGGGUACCCCUCCAGCAGUCUUCACUAGGGUGUUAAGCUUCAUGCCCUGGAUAAAGAGAACGAUGAGGCGCUUCAAACAGCAAGGCCAGACUAAGACCACCCUGUAAUUAACUUCACCAGCUCCAAGGGGGUUUCCAGAGCCUUAAUAAACAUUUGUGCCUAGAGAGGAAAUAACCAGUUUCUCAUUUGUUCAUUAAGUAUCAUUUAGUACACAACAAAUGUGUGCCAAGACAGAGGCUGAGCUCUUCCAGGAGAAUGGGGUCCCUUCCCCAGGAC